AUGACAUCAUCAAUUCCGCUUCGACCUCUUGGAAAAACAGGUGUAAAUAUCCCGUCAAUUGGAUUGGGAUGUAUGGGAAUGAGCGAAUGCUAUGGAGCAUCUGAUAAUGAUCAUAGCUUGCAAGUAUUGAGACGCUCCAUUGAAUUGGGAAGCUAUCAUUGGGACACUUCAGAUACCUAUGGAGUUGGCAAAAACGAAGAAUUAUUAUCACACAUUUUAAGAGAUCAUAGGAAAGAUGUACUUGCUACUAAAUUCGCCAUUAUUCGCGAUGAAAACGGAGCUCUUAAAGGUAUACGAGGAGACGCACCAUAUGUUCGUGAAGCUUGUGAAAAAAGUCUGAAGCGAUUAGGCACCGAUUAUAUUGAUCUUUAUUACCAACACCGUGUCGAUCCAAAAAUACCAAUUGAAGAAACUGUUGCUGCUAUGGCUGAACUAGUCAAAGAGGGAAAAGUUAAGUAUCUUGGACUUUCGGAAUGUAGUGCUGAUGAACUUCGACGGGCUUAUAAAGUACAUCCAAUUGCUGCUUUACAGUAUAGUCCAUGGACUCUUGAUAUUGAGCAAAAUGGAGUUCUUGAAGCGUGUCGCGAACUUGGUGUUACCAUUGUAGCUUAUAGUCCAUUAGGGCGUGGUUUCUUGUCGGGACAAAUAAAAUCCCUUGACGAUUUGGCCAACGACGACUUUCGAAGACUAAUUCCGCGUUUCCAAGGCGAAAAUUUCGCGAAAAAUCUCGAAAUUGUACAUCGCCUUGAGGAAUUAAGCCGCAAGAAAGGAGUUACAAGCAGUCAACUUUGCUUAGCUUGGAUUUUGGCUCAGGGAGAAGAUUUUAUUGUUAUCCCGGGAACCAAAAAAAUGAAAUAUCUCGAAGAAAAUGUUAAAGCAGCAACUAUUACUCUAACCACUGAAGAGAUCAACGAAAUACGAUCUGCUAUAAAUGCUGUUGAAGUGAUUGGGAAUCGGGACCCAGACUUUAUAGAU